AUGGCUUUUGUUCAGGAGGGAGCUGCUCAGCUCACAGAGGUAGCGAAGGCGUACGAAUCUGGACCCAUCUACGACACCAUUGCGGACCCCAUAAAUCUCAGGACGUUCCUGACGGAAGAUAUCUAUCUCCUCGGAGGCCAGUUCGCUAUCCUUUGUCAGUUUGCCCAUCCUGCCCUGGCCAAGGGCAGCUACAACCACUCCAGCUUCGCCACUCGCAUUCCCAACCGUCUCCAGAAUACCGCCCGUUUCCUCAAUGCGGCCAUCUUUGGCACUCAGCAGGACAAGGCAGCUAUCUUCUCCAUCAUCCACCGCUAUCAUGCCCGAGUCAAGGCAGAGGACUACGACGCAAAUGACCCGGAGCUGCACAAAUGGACCGCCGCUACCCUGUUCGUCGCUAUUGUAGUCGUCCACGAAACCUUCUUCGGGGAGUUGCCCCGAGACAAGAUGGAAGCACUUUACCGAGAAUCUGCGGUAUUUGGCACUUCCCUGCGGAUGCCUCCCGAUAUGUGGCCAGCCACUCUUGACGAGUUCUGGGAGUACUGGAACCACAACAUCGAGACAUUGGAGGUCACCGAUAUGGCACGGAAACUGAGUCGCGAUCUCCUCUAUCCGGUCCAUCUCCCUAUGUGGAUGAGAGUCAUGGCCCCAUUGUCGCGCCUUUUGACUAUCCAUUUCCUCCCAGAACGACUGGCCAAGGAGUACGAUCUGCAACCGACAGUGUUGAGUCGGAUCCAGUUUCAGGCCACUGUUCGUGUCAUGCGCAUUGCAUACCCCAGUAUACCGCAACACCUGCGGCAGACACUACAUAGGCAAUACAUGGAAGAUCUCAGGAAGGCAGUGGACAGGAUCCAACAGACUGGACACUGGGCGGGAGUAUAG